AUGGGUUGGAGUACGUUGAGCCGCACCAAGGAGAUGCCGUACGAAAUGCUUGUUCCCAUUUACUUCGGAGGCUGCUUCUGGGUCUGGACAUACGAGACAAUUUACCAACACAUGGAUAAAAAUGAUGAUGUGAAGAUUGGGAUUCGCUCUUCUGCCUUGCUCUGCGGUCAAUACACAAUCCCUGUGUGCUUUUCCACUGCCAUAGCAUUUUUCGGACUGCUUACCUACGGAGCAUACUUGAAUGGGCACAGUUACCCAUUCUUCGCUGGGGUCCUGUUAGCUGCGGGACUGUUAUUGUCGAAACUUCUGCGUACCGACAUUGAUCGACCCGCUGAUUGCAGAGACUUUUUCCUGCAAACACCUUUGAUUGGGCAAAUUCUUGUCGGAGGCUUUGUAGCUGACGCCGUCAUUGGUCGAAUUUCGAAUGGCAUAGCUCUUUGA